AUGGUGGUUCAUAACAAUUUCAACAACAAUCAAACUUCUUAUUCAAACCUUCAAAGCCUAAAAAAUGGGAAACAAAAAACAAUCCUUCACUCAUGUUUAAACCAAGUUUGGAUAAUCCCUUCCCUAUUUACAUUGCUCAUCGCCAUUGCUUGUGUGUACACACUCAUCUUCCCAAACAUCCACAAAAUUCUCCAAAUCUACAACUUCACUGUAACAUCUGAAAUCCUAGAAGCCAGUCCAGCUGUCGAGUCUACCGAUUGUGACGUCUUCGACGGGCGAUGGGUUGAAGACGAUUCCAGGUAUCCAAUCUACAACUCGACGGAUUGUCCAUUUGCGGAGAGAGGUUUUAGUUGCUUUGAAAAUGGGAGAAAGGACAAGGAGUACUUGAGAUGGCAAUGGAAGCCAAAGAAGUGCAAUAUCCCGAGGUUCGACGUCGAAAAAGCGUUGGAGAUGUUGAGGGGGAAGCGUGUGGUGUUUGUGGGGGAUUCGUUGAGCAGAACGCAAUGGGAAUCAUGGGUAUGCAUGUUGAUGGAGGGAGUGAAGAACAAGGAAAGUGUAUAUGAAAUCAAUGGGAGUAAAAUAACAAAGACUAUUAGGCAUUUGGGAGUGAGAUUUAAGGAUCACAAUAUCACUGUGGAUUUCUAUAGGUCAGUGUUUUUGAUGAACAAGAGUUAUGACGUACCUGCAGGUGCACCUAAAAACGUUAGGAUGACCGUUCGAUUGGAUUUGGUAGAUGAUAUUAGUGAUCAAUGGAUUGAUUCAGAUUUGUUGGUUUUUAAUACUGGUGGUUGGUGGACCGAAAAUCGUCUUUUUAAUGAGAUGAGGUGCUUCUUCCAAAUAGGGAACUCUUUGGAAUUUGGAAUUUCGGUGAUUGAUGGAUACAAGAUGGCACUAAAUACUUGGGCUGAUUGGGCAGAAGCUAAUAUCAACCCCAAUAGAACUACCCUUUUCUUUCGCACUAUUGAGUCUACUCACUGGAGAGGUCCUAAUCAAUGCGAUGUGAGUGAAAAACCAUUAAAUGAAACAAAAGGGAAAGAGAAGAGUGAAAAAUCAGACAUAAUAAUGGAGACUGUGGAGAAGAAGAUGAAGAGAGUUGCAGUGAGAAUUAUGCAUUUAACACCAAUGGGAUCUUAUAGAAGUGAUGCUCAUGUGGGAAAUUGGGGAGACAAUCCUUCUGUCCAAGACUGUGGCCAUUGGUGUCUUCCUGGCUUUCCUGAUAUUUGGAAUGAAAUUAUCAUAUCUCAUUUUCUUCCUAAAAUACCAUCUUUUAGCUCAUAG